AUGGGCAUGGGUCGUGAAUUGGACAACGAGCAGCAGCAGCAGCAGCAGCAGCAGCAGCAGCAGCAGUUGUUGCAGCAGCAGCAGCAGCAGCAGUUGUUGCAGCAGCAGCAGCAGCAGCAGCAGUUGUUGCCAGUUGUUGCAGCAGCAGUUGCAGCAGCAGCAAACAGCAGCAGCAGCAGUUGUUGUUGAGCAGCAGCAGCAUUGUGUUGCGCAGUGCAGCAGCAGCAGCAGUUGUUGUUGCAGCAGCAGCAGCAGCAGCAGUUGUUGCAGCAGCAGCAGCAGCAGCAGCAGCAGCAGCAGCAGCAGUUGUUGUUGCAGCAGCAGCAGCAGCAGCACAGCAGUGCGCAGCAGCAGCAGCAGCAGCAGCAGCAGCAGCAGCAGCAGCAGCAGCAGCAGCAGCAGCAGCAGCAGCAGCAGCAGCAGCAGCAGCAGCAGCAGCAGCAGCAGCAGCAGCAGCAGCAGCAGCAGCAGCAGCAGCAGCAGCAGCAGCAGCAGCAGCAGCAGCAGCAGCAGCAGCAGCAGCAGCAGCAGCAGCAGCAGCAGCAGCAGCAGCAGCAGCAGCAGCAGUUAGGUGAACGUAACACCACACACUACGCCGAUCCCCUUCUAAGCCGGGCCAGGUACAGUGACCUAACCCCAGCUGGAGGGUGUGAGGUCACGGGCCGGGUGUUCAGCCGAGGACUCUCCAGUCAGCACCGAAACUCCGUGACACACACCGUUUGA